AUGACCACCUUGAAGCCACAGCUUGUGAGAGCUGAUACUCUCGACCUGCAAGAUCCUGAUGCGCCCUCUGCGAAGGACCACACACGACAACCUGCACAUCUGUUGUCAUAUGGGUUUGGACCUGCCGCACCACACCAGGCGCAAACAUUGAGGCAUGCUGAACACGAGGCAUAUCAGCAGCAGCAUACAAGUCCUGGAGCGUCGGAAGACAGAGCCAAUGGCGGUUUCCGGUCCAAUCAGCAUUUAUACGACGAUCUGGACGAUGACCGAGAUGACGAUCAAAUAACCUCCCAGAAUGGAACGAAUGGAGAUGGAUAUCAUGGGCAGGACCUUGAUGACGGAGAUGGUGGUGAUUCCCACGACGAGGACAUGGAUGACGACCUCAUGGACAAGAUCUCCAGCUCUCCCUCAAUUGAAGAUGGUAAAUACUCCCUAACCCCCCGGCCCGCACGAGCGGAUUCGGUCGAUUGUGAAGCUUCCCCAGCUCCACCAUCGUCGCCGACUCGAAGCAUUUUCUUUUCUUCCUCACCAUUCUCUUCCACCCCUGAACACUUUAAGUUUCCUUCACCCCAAUUGUGUCACCCGGCAAGUCAUCAUGGUGAGUAUGGCCAAGGCUUGAGUCGCACCAUAGUCAACCAGAACUUUGAAUAUCAGGAGCGUGCCGAAUCGCUGGAAACUCCGUCGCCUACACCCAUACCCGACCAGGCAUCGCAAUUCUACAACAUCCCGUUGUCAGAAUCACAAGAAUUUCGAAGAUACUUGCUACCUUUGGACGACCCAGUCUUAGCGGAUACGGUUGACGACUACCGAGAGAACACCGUUUACAAUGAAGAUCAUGAGUGGGAAGAUGAGGAAUCCUGCUUACCAGACCCUGCUUCAAGUUCUGAUGAUGAUGAUGAUGAUGAUGACACCGAUGAUUUCCCAUUCUGUCUUGACGAUCGCUUUAUCGACUCGGGUUGGGGUGGAGAAUGCUUACGAGAAAUAGAGGAUAUCGAUUUCGAGUUCGUAUAUGCUUUACACACUUUUGUCGCAACGGUCGAAGGGCAAGCCAAUGCUACAAAAGGAGAUACCAUGGUAUUGCUUGAUGACAGCAAUAGCUAUUGGUGGCUCGUUCGGGUGGUGAAAGAUGGCAGCAUUGGCUAUCUGCCCGCCGAACAUAUCGAGACGCCUACGGAACGUUUAGCUCGAUUGAACAAGCAUAGAAAUGUCGAUUUAUCGGCUUCCAUGCUUGGAGACAACCCUGAAAAGUCCAAGAACCCAUUGAAGAAGGCAAUGCGUCGAAGAAAUGCUAAAACAGUCCAGUUUGCGGCUCCUACAUAUUAUGAGCCUUCCGAUUAUGAAUACUCUGAUGAAGAAGAAGGAGAGGAGGGUCAACUUGAUCAAAUUGGUGUGGAGAAUCCUGAGGAUGGUGAAGCCGCCGAAGACCAAGAAAUUUCGGCCACAUCUACAGAGUCUCAGGACCAAAGUUCAUCUACCACUGUGAACGGUAUUCAGCGCAUGACCAGCAAUGACAGCUUGAAGAAUGACCUAUCUUCAAGUCCGGUCAAAACUCAACCUGCACCAGUCGGCUUAGACCAGAAGACGUCUGAAGAACCAGUACAGCGAUCGAGGAAGGGAGUGGUUCGAAAUACAGACUCAUUCUUCAGAGACGAUACAGUUGAGACAAAGAAGAUAUCAUUAACUCCACGGUUAUUACGAGGCGACUCUGACUCUGGUGGCUCUACCGAGCAAGAAGUACGCCAACGCCCAAGCUUGGAGACUUUUGAUAAGAUGAUCGGUCCAGACGAUAAAACCAAAGACAAGAAGAAGGACAAGAAGGGUAUGCUUAGUGGUCUUUUCAAACGAAAGAAAGGUGCCCCCCAUGAAGAGAGUGAAAGAAUAUCAGAAGACUCUCGGCAAUCGCCACAAGCGAAGGAUUCUCUUGAAUCACUCUCAAUGAAGCCUGAAGCAGGCCCAGAGCGCAAGCCGAGUAAAUUGCAAAAGACGCCCCCGUACUUAUCGCCGAAAGCAUCUCCCACAGAACCACGAGCUCCACAGCGAGAUGUAUCAAAUGCUCCUCAGACCGCCGGGCCUCCUGCACCGACAGGACCUGCGCCGGCGCCGCCGACAGUCCGAAAGGUCGAGUCUGACGAUAUACAAGCCGAAGAGUCACCGUCCUCAACAUCCACGCAGUCUCAAUCCACUGCCCAAGUGAAUCGUUUCCCUUCUCUCACCGAAAAGCGAUCGAUAUUUUCGCCCAUUACAACAGCUCUGAAAUCCACUCCAUCAUCAGGUUCAGACAAUGGGUCUCCUGUAAAGGCGGUAUACUCAAAGAAAGCUAAAGAACGGUUUGCAAUAGACGACAGCGAGUCCGAGGAUGAUGAUAUUACUCCCAAGAUCGAAGAUCAAGAUCGUUCAAGCGUAUCCCCCCUUGCAGAUUCACAGGUGCAGUUGUCUAGAUCAGACUCUGCCAUGCAAGUCUCCCCAAUGGAAGCCUCAGCGCCAGGAGACCCCAAAUCUCAAGUUCAGCCACCUGCAGCACUCAGAUCCUCUCCUCCGCUAAACGAGAUCAAUCCGCCCGAGUCAGAAGGAACUGCAAGUACCUCAAAGCCGUCACCUUCUACUGCCACCCACACUCCAUCAACUUCAAGAUCCACUCCGACCUGGUCUGAUGCUUCUCUCAGAUCAUAUAUGGAGAACAGUCAAGACAUUAAGGAUCUUCUCAUUAUUGUUCACGACAAAUCGAACGUUACACCUGUUGGGCCGGACCACCCCCUUAUGCACAAUCUUUUUUCGGAUGAGCGGACAAAGCUCUCAGAGAUGCAGUCCCAGCUUGAUACUAUGCUGAUGCACUGGAUAUCCAAAAAGAACGCAAACCUGUCGUCGGCCACGACUUGA